UUAAUUAUUUUUGAAAUAUUUAACAUUUAAAAAUAUUUAAUUUAAGAAAAAAUAUUUUAUAAUUACAUCUGUACAAGAUGUUUCCUCAGAUAUAACGUUAAUGAUUUAAAGGUUAUAGAAUACAGAUCUAAAAGUCAUUUAGAUUUUAAAACAUUAGAUAAGAAUCUCGAUCUAAGAAUAAAUAUUGAUAAAGUGGUGUUGUAUCUUGAUUCUACCAAGAACAACUUUUGGAGCCCAAUGUUUGAAAGUAAUAACUUUACAUGUUUCUAUAGACGCUAUCACUGUAUUAAAAUUCUCAAGUAUGCCACGAGAAAUCAUUACCUUGCAGCUUGGACAAUGUGGGAACCAAAUUGGAAUGGAAUUUUGGAAACAACUCUGUGCGGAACAUGGCAUAAGUCCAGAGGGAAUUUUGGAGGAUUUUGCUACUGAAGGACUAGAUAGAAAAGAUGUAUUUUUCUAUCAGGCUGACGAUGAACAUUACAUCCCAAGAUCUGUUUUAUUAGAUCUGGAGCCAAGAGUCAUCAAUACAAUAAUGAACUCACCUUAUGCUAAUUUAUACAAUCCAGAAAAUGUUUACCUAUCAAAACAUGGUGGUGGUGCUGGGAACAACUGGGCCAGUGGCUACUGCCAAGCUGAGAAACUUUAUGAUGAUAUUUUUGAUAUCAUUGAUAGAGAGGCAGAUGGAAGUGACAGCUUAGAAGGCUUUGUUGUCUGUCAUUCUAUUGCUGGGGGCACUGGAUCAGGAAUGGGAUCUUACAUUUUAGAGAGACUCAAUGACAGAUUUCCUAAGAAAUUAAUUCAGACCUAUUCUGUUUUCCCAAAUGUGGAUGAAAUUUCAGAUGUUGUGGUGCAGCCUUACAACUCACUUCUUACUUUGAAGAGAUUAACUCAAAAUGCUGAUUGUGUGGUUGUUCUUGACAAUACUGCUCUAAAUAGAAUAGCAGCUGACAGACUACAUAUUGACACACCAACAUUUGCUCAAGUCAAUCAACUUGUAUCAACUGUCAUGGCAACUUCUACAACAACAUUACGCUACCCAGGAUACAUGAACAAUGAUCUGAUAGGUUUGAUAGCAUCUCUAAUUCCCACUCCUCGACUGCACUUUCUUAUGACGGGAUACACACCUCUAACCACAGACUCUCAAGUUGCUAAUGUACGUAAGACAACAGUUUUGGAUGUUAUGAGAAGACUACUCCAGCCUAAAAAUAUGAUGGUAUCUACUCCAGUUCAAAGACAAGGAAACAACCAUUGUUACAUCUCCAUACUAAAUAUAAUUCAAGGAGAAGUUGACCCUACACAGGUGCACAAAAGUCUUCAAAGAAUCCGAGAACGCAAGUUGGCCCAAUUUAUUCCUUGGGGUCCUGCCAGUAUCCAAGUUGCUUUAUCACGAAAGUCUCCUUACGUUCAAACUGCACAUAGAGUCAGUGGACUAAUGUUGGCUAAUCACACAAAUAUUUCUCAGCUAUUUGACCGCAUUUUGAACCAAUAUGACAAGCUAAUUAAACGAAAAGCAUUCAUAGAACAGUUCAUGAAAGAGCCGAUUUUCAAGGACAGCCUGGAGGAAUUUGACAACUCAAGAGAAUCUUUACAGAGUUUGAUAGAUGAAUACAAUGCUGCAACCAAACCAGAUUAUUUGACUUGGGGUAUUCAACAGGCUGGUGCAUUAUAAAAGAUUUUCAAAUCUGCUGGUGUCAAUGUACAAACAUAAGCCAAUCUCUUCCACCAAAAUUCAACACUUGUUUUUAUAGUUUUCUGUAAAUAACUGUUAAGCAAAUAAUGCAUAUGUCACAAGUACUGUACAAAAUGAUAUGUAUAUUUGUAACUAAAUUGUAGAUCAUUAUUUAUGUUACACCUUUAUGAGGUACUAACUAAGAAUAAAAAUGUUGACAUGAUAACUACACAAGUAGUGCACUAAAUAUGACCACACUGCUGACUGGAUCUGCUGAUGUACAUACAUUUUGUUUGCGAUUAGUAAAACUGAAUAUUUGUCCAAUGUAAAUAAACUUGUUAUAUAAUAAA